GGAGACGAGGAGGUGAUGCAGAGCAUCAUGCAAGAGGGAGAUCCAUCCGUCGAGCCCCUUGACGUCGAAGGAGCGUUAUUUCGGUGGUGAAGCGUUGAGGGGAGGAGGUCAAAGCGUUGAGGAUCGUGUGGGACAGAUCAGAAAACGUGACUUCCAAGAGCCUCUUUGGUGCUUUACUCGCUAUCCCACGCUGCGUGGUUUUCUGCAUUCGCCCUUCCUCUCUCUCCCGGCGCGUCUUGGUGUCUGGUGACUGUCCGCCAGCCAGACUGAGUGAGUGGCUUCCCACGAGGCAGGCAGUGAGUGAGGUCAGCAGUGCGGCAGCAGCAGACGGACGCGAUGGACCCUUUCAGCAAGCUUCUGCAGGAGGUCAGGGAGGGAGAGAGACAGACAUACACACACAGCCGUUCCGUCUUUGAUGCAUGUGUGUGUGGUGUGUGGUGUGUUGCGCGGUGCAGUGGGACAUCUCCGAGAAGCAGUGGUCGUGCCUCAGCCCACAAGCCAAGCACCGCAUGAUCGUCGCCAAGCGAUUCGAGAUACUCGGCCGCACUCUCCCACACACACAGACGCCGCAACAGCCACAGCCGCGGACACACGCCGCCACUAUUACAGCACCAACAGCAGCAGCGGCGGGGGCUGGCCGCAAAGGGCCGCCCCGCAAGAGCAAAGAGCGCAAGCGUGUGGCCGACAGGCACAGCCACAUAGACGUGAUGGCCAAGAAGAAGGCGGUGUGCGAGAUGGUGGUGCAUGGGACGCAGCCGAUGCCCGUGUCGGUUUGCAAGCAGGUGUCAAAUGCGGUCAGUGAAGGGGCGGUGAGCGUGGAGGCCGACAAGGCACACAACGACAGCGGCAAGGACCACAUGGCGGAUGGUGGGCAACACAACGCCCAAAAUGGUGCGUGAGGCAGGCAGGCAGGCAGGCAGGGAGGGAGAGAGGGACACACAUGGCGUUGUGUGGUUGCAUCCCCCUUGAUGUCUUGUGCUGUGUUGGAUGUUGGUGUGUUGGAUCGGAUCCCAUCAGCGUUUGUUGCGUUGCCGUGCCUGCCUUCUGACCGACGCCCUCACACCCAACAACAAGCAGGUAUGGGACAAACCCCCCACCACCACCACCACCACCAUUACCGCCACACACAGACCACAUUGUUUCUCCCUCCCUCCCUCCCUCCCUGUGUGUGGGCAGACGAGGACGGUGACACUGACGAAGGAGAUGUGUUUAUGGGGGGGGUUGCUGGUGCUGGUGUGGGGGCGAAUGAGAUGCUUGUGGCCAAGCGCGACAUCAGCGGUGUGGCCAACGCGCUCAUCGACGAGUUCAGGCAGAGGGAGGGGCUGCUUGGACCCAAUGGCAACCGCAUCAAGGUAUGGUGGGACAGGACACCCACCCUCUCACACACCACACGACACAAGCCGAGCCAGCCACAUGAACGAAUGAAAGGUGCGUAUACCUGUGCUGUGCUGUGCUGUGUUGUGUUGUGUGUUGUGUGCAGGGGUUUCAGGUCAACUGGACGACCAAGUACCGCUGCUUCGCGGUACGCCUGUCACCCACAGCACAGCCACACACAGAGAGGGAUUCCCAUGACCCAUGACAUGAGCACGCCCAUGCGUAUGCGCACGGCAUGUGUGUGUGCAUCCAUCCGUUGGAUUGGAUUGCAGGUGUACUGGCAGCAGCGAGAUCGGGGCCGCCGGUCGAAAUUCUUUCGCACCGACCGGCACACUUACGAGGGCAUCCGUGAGGCACUCGAGCUGGCCAUAGUCUUCCGCAACCGAUGCAGACAGGAGGGGUCGCUGCCCGGCACACCCAACGACACUAACAUGACCAUCACCGGUGCGUUGUGGGUCUGUGCAGUGCAUGGUCCGUCGUGUGUGGUGUCAGAGGAACCAUGGGCUGUGCGUGUGGGUUGUGUCUGUGGUUGGUGUGUCAGGUGGUGGCAGCCUGUUGGUGCACGCCCACCACCAGGUGGCGCGGUUUGGGGGCGAUGAUGGGGCUGACGACACGCCGAGUGACGACAAGACGCCCCAGGAGGAAAUGGACAUCGGGGCCAUCCACGGUGGGUUGGUGGAUGCACGGACACACAGACGGACGGACAGACAGACAGACAGACGGAAGCAUGCCAGCCAGCCAGGAGUCUUGGUUCUUUGCUUUGUUUGAUAGAGACCCUCCCACACAAAGCGGAUGACAACACGCCCGUGCCCGAGUAUGAAAUGGGUGCGCGCACAUACCACACACAGGAAGAAUACACACACUGCUCGUACCUGACUCUCUCUCUUUCUCUCUCUCUCUGUCUGUGUGUGUGUGUGUGUGUGUACAGGCGAGAUGGUGCCGGUCGCGUGAGCGAACCGGGGUAUACGAGAUGAGCGGCUGAAAUGGGAAAUGUGUGCGCGUGAGGCAUUGAUGAAUGCAUUCAUUUACAGCUCAUUCGUGUGGAUGUUGUGUGUGUAUGGGUAUGUAUGUACGUCACGUCUGUAUAAUUCGGCAGCCAAUACUGCCGCGUACUCACUCUCUCUCUCCGUAACUCCCUGACUCGAACUGGCUGGCAUGGUCGACCGCAUUCACGUGUGUGUCUGUCUCAUGUGUGUCUGUGUGUAUGUGUGUAUGUGAUUAUGCCCUCUGUCUGCUGUGUUGGUGUGUACAUACGACGAUAGAUAGAUGGCACUAAAUCGCAGAGGACAAUUAUAUAUAUCUAAUGCAUCACAUCGAUCGCAUCGCACCACAACACACCACACCACGCCACAACACACCACACACAGCACAGCCCACGUGGCUGGGCGGCCCGUUUUCUUGUUUUCUGCCGUCCGUCCUCAGCCCAGCCAUAGGGCACAUACGUAGUGUGUGUACAUUGUGUGUGCAGCCAUAGAAGCGGAGUGGGUGGGCGGAGAGAGAGAGAGAGGGAAGGAGAGGCAAAGGGCCGCCGACGGAUGGGAU